GUUCGCUGAAAUAAUGGAGUUCUUUCUCUUUUGAAUGAUGGAAAGUUUUGAAUUAGUAAGACAGAAUUCAAUGACCUGCUAUAAAUUCAAUGGUCUUCCUUGUUGUGUUUGCAAAUCCUUCUUCCCUGUUCCUUCUGGAUACCCAACAGCAGUUCCAGCACUGAUUUGACACCUCUCCCUCCAAUGCUUCCUCUAAUGCUGACCAUCACUUUUGACCCUGAAAAGGACUCGAACCAAGACACAAGCUCAAGCAUAGGCAGAUAUGAUGGGCCUGCUGAAACAAUUGUCGAGUACGCAGCUGAUGGGCUUCAGAGAAAUUACGCACUAGAUAGCAUAUAUGGGAAAGAUGCUGCGCAACAGGAAAUUGAUCUACAAAGACAUCGGACAAGACAAACAAUUAUAUCGGUAUUGUCCCAGAGAGCAAAUGCUGUAGCCAACGAUCGCUCAGAUGACGAGGAGUCCUCGAUUUCCAUUGAUACCAAAAGCUUGAAAGACACUUACAAAAACUUGGAAGAUGAAAAUGUCGAAAACGGUUUACCAACAAAACAAGAUGGUACUGAAUUUUCCAGUAUAGACCCAGAGCUAGUAACUUGGGAUGGAGAGAGUGACCCAGAUUUUCCUAGAAACUGGUCUCGUUUCAGAAAAAUUAGAGCAAUUCUAUUGGUUUCUUGCUACACCUUUGUUUCUCCUGUUUGUUCAUCAAUGUUGUCUCCUGCAACCGCAAAGGUUGCUGAAGAGUUUGGGAUUGACAACUAUGUUGUCAAGUCCUUAUUGGUCUCCAUUUUUGUUUUAGCAUGGGCAAUCGCUCCAUUAUUUGUGGCCCCGUUUUCUGAAAUGUUUGGCAGAAGAAUUGUUUUAAAUCUCUCCAUAUGGUUUAUGUUUAUGUUUAAUUUAGGUUGUUGUUUGGCUCAAAAUACGACUCAAAUGCUAGUGUUCAGGUUUCUUGCCGGUAUUGGUGGUGCUGCUCCAUUAUCUAUUGGUGCUGGUGUUCUUGGUGAUUUAUUUAAUGAUAUGGAUAGAAAUUUUUGGACAAGUAUUUACGGUUUAGGUCCAACUUUGGGUCCAACCGUUGGCCCGAUUGUUGCAGGUUUUGUCGUUCAAACUAUCGAUUGGAGAUGGGUGUUUUGGAUCCAAUUAAUCAUCAAUGGCAUAUUUGCUCUUUUAGGAUCACUAUUUUUUGAAGAAACUUACUCCCCAAUUUUAUUAAGAAACAAAGCUAAAGCUCUAAGAAAGGAAACGGCUAAUCCCAAUUUAAAGACAAUUUAUGAUAUAGCUGAUGGUGAAACAAUCUUGGGUAGAUUUUAUCUCAACAUAACUAGACCUUUAAAAUUAUUAUUAUUUCAUCCCAUGGUUUUCGGUCUUGGUUCAUUCAUGGCUGUUUUAUAUGGCCUCAUGUAUCUUUUAAUUUGUACUUUUCCAACUGUUUGGGGUACCAUCUAUGGUUUUAAUAUUGGUAUUUGUGGCUUAAUGUUUUCUGCCCUUGGUAUCGGCUACCUUGUUGGUAUUCCUUUUUGGAAUAAUUUUAUUCAAAUCGGUUAUGAAAAACUAAUCAUUAAAAACAACGGUCAAGCUAAACCAGAGUUCAGAUUACAAUAUCUAUAUUAUUCAGGUAUUCUUGCUCCUGGUUCUCUUUUGAUUUAUGGCUGGACUGCCCAAAAUCAUGUUUAUUGGAUUGUUCCUGCUUUCUUUUCAGCAUCUUUUUCAUUUGCAAUCAUUUGCAUGUUUCAGUGUAUUCAGAAUUAUUUAAUUGAUAUGAACCCAAGAUUUGCUGCUUCCACUGUAGCAGCAGCAGCGGUGUUCAGAUCUUUAUUUGGUUUUGCAUUUCCUCUAUUUGCACCAUACAUGUUUGAAGAUCUCGGUUAUGGAUGGGGCAAUACUAUUUUUGCUUUGAUUGGUUUUGCUUUGGGAAUUCCAUUUCCAAUAUAUGUCUAUAAAAAUGGUGAAAGAUUAAGAAAUUGGGCCAAUAGGCGUAUGGAAAGGGAAAAGGCUAAAAGAGAUGCAAAGAAUUUAGCAAGAUUGCAAAAACAACUAGAAAAUGAAAAAAAUUAAUUGUUUUUUCUUCAUUCAAUCAAAUCCAAAACAAAUUAAAUAUAACUGUAUUUUAUUUAUUUUUUUUUAUCAUCAUAAUUAUUCAUAUUCAAUUUGUU